GCCGAUUUUUGGACUCGAGUGACCAUGGUGUCGAGUGGUUCCAAUCAUCAACGUCAAGAUGAUUGUUAUUUAUUUUAUUUUUUUUUAAUUUUUAACGAGCUCGUUUGACUAUAUCAUCGGACCAAUGAUUUUCAAAAUUGUCACCACAAGCAAAUUUAAUGCUCUUGCUCGCUUGGUGAUAUUAAUAAUUUUGCUCCCCCAAUAUUGGGGUUUUACGCACUUUAGAGUUUAACGAAUCAAAAAACUAUAUCAAUCUAGUUGACGAAGAACGGAACGGCGGAAGUAACAUAAACGCUGCAAAUGACAGAAUAAUGACUGCUGCAGCACUUUUGAAUAGAUCUAGUCGGACGCGCACGACCAUUCCGUAACUAAUACCCGCGCUGAACCAUUAGCCCGCCCAUGCGUCUGUUACCAUCUUCGGAAAUCCAAAGUCUCCUGAUAGCCGUAAGUUCGCGCCCUCCAGACUCCAUCACGAUGAGGACAACGAGCGCACGCGAGGCGCCAGCCCUCGAAAUCUGACGACAGGUUGAUUUCCCUUUGUUUUAUCGCGAGCGGCGAACAACAACUCGACGAUUAUUGUGCCGGAUACGAGAAAAGGAAGAAAAGAUAAUACAUACAUAUAUAGCGAUUAAAGGUAAAAUCACGUAAAAGGGAGCACAUCAGGGGAAAAUAGUAAUAGUAUAGUCAAGGGCAUAUACGAGAAUAGUCCUUCGAUCCAUAUGUGGGGCACGUGUAGCGGUAGGACGAUAUCGCGAGGCCCAAAGAUCCGACCAUCAUUGUAGCAGCGACAGGAUGAACAGCGUGAGCAGAGAAAACAACGGCCAGCGCAACGGGCCGGAGAGCAAGAAGCUGCUCGACGCGACCCCGCUGACGCCACCCUCGAGCCCGACAACGCCCCAGUUUCGCGAUCUCGACGAGAUAUUCCGUCAAUUGCCCAUUACCGAGGACACGUCGUGCGGCAUAUGGUGCCUGCGGGGCCCGUGUUUGCAAAAAUUCGCCAAUAAGAAGGCCUACGUUUUCCUAUACGGCGUCCUCGGCUGCAUCUUCUCCGCGUCCUACGCGUACUUCAACGGCACCAUCACCACCAUCGAGAAGAGGUUCAAGAUACCCUCCAAGACGACGGGAAUCAUCACCGUGGGAAAUGACAUAUCGCAGCUGCUCGUUUCGGUGGUGCUGUCUUACUACGCGGGCAAAGGCCACAGGCCCAGAUGGAUCGCCGUUGGGAUUUACACGGUCGUGCUGUUCUGCUGCUUGACAAUGUUGCCCCACUUCCUGUACGGUCCCGGCGAGGACGCUCUGCUCCUGACGAAAGAGUACGGCCCGUCGCUCGAGCUCGGGGCGACCAACGCGACGAGCUUCACCCCGGAAAAGCAGCGCAAGUUCCUCUGCAAGAACCGCACGAGCGCCUCCCACUGCAUCGAAGCCGACGGCAACUUUGCCCCCCAAGUGCUCCUCUUCGUAGCCCAGCUCGUCUCGGGGAUCGGGGGCUCGCUCUACUACACCCUCGGCGUAUCCUACAUGGACGACAACAUCCAAAAAUCCAAAACUCCGGCCCUCAUCAGCUUCUCGUACUUCCUGAGGAUGCUGGGCCCGGCCCUGGGCUACGGGCUCGCCUCCUUCGCCCUCAAGUUCUACAUCAGUCCAACUCUCACCCCCACAAUCACCAUGCACGACCCAAGGUGGCUGGGGGCUUGGUGGCUCGGCUGGAUCAUCCUGGCCAUCCUGCUGUUCGUGUUCGCCAGCGUCGUGGCGUUAUUCCCGAAAACGCUGCCCCGUGCAGCCGCGCGUAAAGUCCUCGCCCAGGAGCGCAACAAAUCAGCGAGUAAUUUAAAAGCCGCGGCCAACCAGCAGGAACAAGAACUGCCGGCCUCGGUGGGCGACAUGCUGAGGACGUUCAAGCGUCUGCUGACCAACACGACCCUCAUGUGCAACAACCUCGCGGCGGUGUUCUACCUGAUGGGGUACAUGCCCUACUGGAUCUUCAUGCCCAAGUACAUCGAGACCCAGUACAAGCAGUCGGCGUCUGUGUCGUCGCUCAUCACCGGCACCGUGGGCCUCGUGUUCAGCGCGUUUGGUAUCCUCCUGUCGGGCCUCGUCAUCUCCAAGUACAAGCCCAAGGCGCGCUACCUCGCCGCCUGGAACGUCAUGGUCGGGGCCAUAUCCGUCCUGGGCAUGAUAUCGUACGCGUUUCUCAGCUGCCCGGCCAACGACAAGCAGAUCGCCGUGGCCGAGGACGGCUCCCUCGAGACCCUGCUCCCCUGCAACCAGCACUGCCACUGCGACUACGUCACCUACAACCCCGUCUGCUCGGAGCUCGGCCGGACUUUUAUAUCCGCCUGCCACGCUGGCUGCACGACCAUCAAGGCGGGCGAGGCGACUAGCAAGAUUUACUCGGAGUGCAGCUGCAUCAAGCCGAGUUUGGCGCUAAACGGGACGAGUAGCGGGGAUUUUUGGAGUCCGCGGGACUUUGGGACCGCGGUGCCCGGAGCUUGCCCGAUCGACUGCGUGGACAAGUUUUAUAUAUUUUUGGCGGUCGUUUGCGUGCUGAAGUUCGUCGGCGCGACCGGCAGGGCAUCGAACUUCUUGGUGUCGGUCAGGUGCGUCGACGAGAAGGACAAGACGGUGGCCAUGGGCUUCGGCCUGACCAUCAUGAGUCUCUUUGCCUUCAUACCGUCGCCCAUUCUCUUUGGCUACAUUCUAGAUAAGACGUGCCUCGUGUGGGGAAAGACGUGCUCGGGCACGGGAAACUGUUGGCUGUACAACGGCGAGACUCUCAGGUACCUCCUGAACUUCACCGCUGCCUCUUUCGUUACCGUGGGCACGGUAUUCGACGUUGGCGUCUGGUAUUACGUCAAGGAUGUCAAAAUUUUCGACGAGGAGGUCGAGCUGGAGAACAUAGCCGAAGAGCCCGGUGAUUUGUAAAAAAAAAACAAAACAAAAAAAAAAACAAAAAAAAAUUGUUGGAAAUAAUGCCAGGAUAUUCGUCAAAAUGUCGACAAUGCGUUACAUACCAUAAAUAUAUAUGUUAUUGAAAAUAAGCAGGAAUGAUUGCGAAGCGCGUGUGUUGAAAGGUGUACAUGAAACGGACGUGUGGACGGUUAAUGUAAGGUUACUUUAAAUUUUAUAUUAUUAUUCUCCAUCAAAUGUUCGAAAAUCAUCGUUAUUUUAGAAAAUUGAUCGUUGUACCUACAACGUAGACUGUUUUUAUAUAUAUAUGUAAUAUGAAUAAUACCUACAUGUACCUAUCUAUAUAAUAUAAUAAACAAAAAAAAUGUCCAGAGCCGGUUGUAUGUGCAAAUGUUCAGCAAUAAAUGAUUCGAAUA